AUGAUUGCAAGCCUUACAGUCAAGACGGAUUUCACAUCAGAGAAACAGAAACACACCACUCCACAUUUCCUCAACUUGUCGCCGAGUGCCUUAGGGAGCAAAUUCAUAGCUCUUCGAAAUCAUGAACAAACUUUAAGGACGAUGCCAAAUACAUUAUUAUAUCAUCCCGUUGUGCUAUCGCGCAAUAGAUAUAGCGAUGUCUAUCCAUGGGAACAUCAUCGAAUUAAUCUUCAUUCGCUACAAUUUGGUUAUAUAAACGCAUCACCCAUUGCACUUCGAACUGCAAAUGGAAGUGGAGAGGAACAGGAAAAUUACAUAGCGACACAGGGACCAAGGGAUAAUGGUUAUGAUGGUGGUCUGUUUUGGGAAAUGUGUUGGCAAGAAAAUGUCGAGGUGGUGGUUAUGUUGACAAGACCCGUGGAAGAGGGGAAAGAGAAAUGCGGUGUUUAUUAUGCAGAGGAUGUCGAAGAGGUCAAGAGAAUCGGAGAAUGGGAGGUUAGAUGUGUAGGGAAAGAGGAAGAGGGAGGAACCGUUAGGAGGACGUUGAAAUUGAGAAGAGUAGGGAGAGCGGCACGUAGUGUGAGUACAGCAAGCGGUGCUAGUAUCGGGAAUGGUACAGUUGGGACGAUUGAGACGGUGGAAGAGCACUCGGAGGAAGAAAAAGAAACGGAAAUUAAAAUUGAGGAGUUACAGGAGGAAGAAGCACAAAUUGAAGAACGCACGAUUCAUCAUUUCCUCUUCGAAUCCUGGCCGGAUAAUGACAUUCCUCAAUCGCCCGCCGAUAUCCAUUCGCUCCUUACCCUUCUCGAUGUCUCCCGCGCAGCUAACAAUCACUCGAUCACGCCCCGCGUAGUCCACUGUUCAGCAGGUGUUGGUCGAACUGGUACAUUCAUCGCUCUAGAUCACCUUUUGAGAGAAUUGGACAUGGGGCAUCUGGAUGGAUUAUCUAAAGACAAAGAUCCCGUGCUUGAGACGGUGAAGAGGCUGAGAGAUCAAAGAAUGCUGAUGGUACAUAAGGUUGCGCAGUAUGUGAUGAUUUAUAACGUGUUGAAGGAGAAAUGGUUGGAAAGAGAAAGAGAGAAGAGCUCAAAGGAUAAGGAGGGAGAGGAAGAUACUGAAGUCGAGAUUGAGACUCCAGGAGGUGGUUCGGCUAGAAAGAGGAAAUUAGCAUUGGUAUUGACAUUAGCGUUGGCAUUGGCAUUGGCACGAGCAUUAUUGGCAUUAGCAUUGAUUUGGUUGGGAGGUAAUAGACAAAAAGUUUAUGGACGGGAAAUCGGUUCGAUGACAUUGUUGGAUUAG